AGCCGAGUGGUCAAUGGUGUUCCUGUAGAGCCUCACAACAAGUAUCCCUGGCAGGUUCUCUUGCAGUAUCAGGUGAGUGGAGGCUGGUCCUUCACCUGUGGAGGGACCCUCAUCGGUCGUUCCUGGGUUAUGACUGCUGCCCACUGCAUCUCGAGCGGCCGGACAUACCGGGUCGUGUUGGGCGAGUAUGACCGCUCAGUGAUAGAGGGACCUGAGCAGUUCAUCACUGUGGAAAAGGCCUUUGUACACGAAGACUAUGAUGGAGAUGGCAAUGAUAUCGCCCUCCUCAAGCUGUCUGAAUGUGCCGAGCUGACGGAUGAGGUCAAGCCUGCCCGCCUCCCUCCUGCUGGCUACAUCCUACCCCAUGGGACGGAAUGCUACGUCAGUGGCUGGGGCCGGCUCACCACUGGUGGGCUACUCCCAAAUGUACUGCAGGAAGGGCUGCUGCCCGUGGUGGACUUUGAACACUGCUCCCAGCCUGACUGGUGGGGAUCCUAUGUGGAUGAAACCAUGGUGUGCGCCGGCGGGUAUGAAGUCUCUGGCUGCAACGGUGACUCUGGAGGACCCCUCAACUGUCCCGGAGUGAACUGUGAGUGGGAGGUCAACGGCAUAGCCAGCUUUGUUUCUGCCCGUGGCUGCAACACAGAGAAGAAGCCCACGGUGUUCACCCGCGUGUCAGCCUACAUUGACUGGAUUAAGAAGACUAUUGCUUCCAACUUCCUUUUUAAUUACAGAAUGUUAAUCACCUGA